UUUAGAAGCCUUUGCUGCUGCAAGCCUACAUUACAACGGUCUUGUUCUUCUUCUUCUUCUUCCCCACUGCAUCUCUGAGCAGGUGUUUUGAGGGGAAGAUAAAGUUCAAGUCUUUUUGAGUAAUCUCUGAUUUAUGUGAAGCUACCUUAGGUCUUUAAAUGGAUGGGACUUUUUUGUAAAUGUCUUUGGAAUGAUAUGACGCCCACAAAGGACCUGAGCUUCCCAGAUCCCAAUGUUUUAAGGAUCCGCUUGGAGCGUGGGAGGAUAUGAUUUUGCAAAAGCUGGCGCAUUAUUUGAUUGGCGAGUCCAACUGGAAAAAUUGAGCCUCUUAUGGAAUUAAUAGAGAGUGAUAAUACUAAUAGGAAAUCAGUUACUAGAAGCUGCAACUGUUAUGGGGCCGUGAACUUGACAGAACCGAUUUUGGAUACUAACCACGCCUCAAAUUUUACUGAUCGGUAUGUUCUUGGAGAUCAACUGGGAUGGGGCAAAUUUGGCAUAAUUAGGGCAUGCUCAGAUAAGUUGACAGGUGAAGUUUUGGCUUGCAAGUCCAUUGCGAAAGAGAGAUUGGUGACACAAGAUGAUGUUCGCAGUGUCAAGCUUGAGAUAGAAAUCAUGACAAAAUUAUCUGGGCAUCCAAAUGUUGUGGAUCUCAAGGCUGUUUAUGAGGAGGAGGAUUAUGUGCAUCUUCUAAUGGAGCUUUGUGCUGGUGGGGAGCUGUUCCAUCAGAUUGAGAAACAUGGGAGAUUCUCUGAGCAUGAAGCACGUACUCUCUUUAAGCAAUUGAUGCAAGUGGUUACAUUCUGCCAUGAAAAUGGUAUCAUCCAUAGAGAUUUGAAACCAGAAAACAUUCUUUUAGUCUCAAAAUCAUUGUUAUCACCGAUCAAGUUAGCAGACUUUGGUCUUGCCACAUAUAUUAGACCUAGGCAGAAAUUGCAUGGAACAGUUGGCAGUCCAUUUUAUAUAGCUCCUGAAGUAUUAGCAGGAGGUUAUAACCAGGCAGCUGAUGUGUGGAGUGCUGGCGUUAUUCUUUACAUCCUGCUUAGUGGAAUGCCUCCUUUUUGGGGUAAGACCAAGUCAGAAAUUUUUGAUGCUGUUAGAGCAGCAGAUUUGCAAUUUCAUCCUUUUACUUGGCAUCGAAUAUCUGAAGCUGCCAAGGACUUGAUCGUUGGGAUGCUCUGUCUCGACCCUUCCAAAAGGUUCAGUGCUGCAGAUGUUCUAGCUCAUUCCUGGAUUAAUGAUCUGCCAGAGGAACCUGAAGAACUAAACAUGACGGAUACUGCCAGUUUUUCACUAUUGGAAGUGGAUAAUUAUUCUUUCUCAACUCCAUCGAUUGUUAGGAACCAGGACUACAGCUUUGGUGACGAAUCACCUGCCAUUGAUUGUAGUAAAGUGGAAAAUUCUCCAGCAUUCACCUGCAGAUCGUCCUUUUCAUCUUUCCUGAUCGACCAGUCACCUUGUUCAACAUCAGGAGGCUACUCUUUUGAUGGUUUCUCAUCCCCACUUUCCUCGAUGCCAAGUUUUACCUUCUUUAGUCCGAGCACCGUGAUUGAUGGGAGCAUUAAUUCAAGCUUGAAGGCAAAAGCAUCCAUGAUAGAUGAAGGUUCAGGUUUGGUACAACUAUCCUUCUCUCCGGAUCCUUCACAGCCCAUCAGACACAAGUUGAGUGAAAUGGAGCACAGAACAGAAUUUCGAAGGGGAGGAGUGGCUAAUGGAUCAAAGAUUUCAAGCAAAAGGAAUCACACAAUCGGUCUUGGUGAACUUGAUCAGCUGGAUCUCAUGGCCAGUGAAUCAGUCAUCCGCUGGGCAUCGUGCACACAUCUUCCGAGUGCGGCUGCAUUGAGAUCAUCGCUGGUAUGCUAGAGUAUUCAAGGCUGGAGGAGUCACUUAAAAGAAAGUCAGCUCUGCGUUAAAUGGACUCAAUGUGCAUUUGCAGAAUUUCUGCCUGUGUAAUGACCCUUUCUUGGUUCUCAGCUUUGCGAAUAUAAAUCGGUUAGCCUGA